AUGGAGUUAGAACAAAAUGACGGCUCCAACUUGCCUAAGAACUUGAAAUUAGUACUGAUUCUUAAGGUCAUUUUGUGUUUUUCAACGGUUUACCACUAUUCAGAAGCGAGAGCUUUGAAACAUAAACAUCACAAGAGUGAAUGCUACUCAGACUCCGAGUGUCCAAAACACCACGUAUGUGUUUUCAAUCCCGAAUUUGAUUGUGGUUGCGAUCCCGGAAAAUGCUACAAAUAUAUCAGUGCCUGUGAUCCGAACCCUUGUCGACACUGGGGCACUUGCAUCAGUUACUCGGCCAAUUCAUACAAUUGCGCCUGCGCUCCAGGGUAUACUGGCAUCAGUUGCGAGACAGAAAUAAACGAGUGCAGUUCAAACCCUUGUAAGAACGGAGCAGUGUGUGUCGAUGACGUAAACAGUUACUACUGCAUGUGUGCACCUGGGUACACGGGCUUAAAUUGUGGAACAGAUAUUGACGAAUGCUAUCCAAACCCUUGUCAAAAUGGGGCAACAUGUCUUGAUGGUAUUGAUCAUUACACGUGCACGUGCAGUCCUGGAUUCACUGGUGCUAACUGUGGGACAGUGGUAGGACAUGAUGCCUGUCGUCUGAGUCCAUGUAGAAAUGGUGCAGCAUGUUCCAGCAACGGCUAUUCCUAUAGCUGUACCUGCAGUCAUGGAUACACGGGAACUAAUUGUGAAACAGAAAUAAAUGAGUGCAUUUCAAGUCCCUGCCAGAACUGGGGCACGUGUGUUGAUGGCAUUAAUUCAUACAGCUGCACGUGCAGUCAAUGGUUCACUGGAACAAAUUGUGAAACAGUUCUAGGAUCUAGUGCCUGUAGUGUACAGCCAUGUCAGAACGGUGCACACUGCUCCAAUGUUGGCAACUCAUACAUCUGCCUCUGUCACCCGGGUUUUACAGGAUCUAACUGUGAGACAAUAUUAGGGACGAGUGCCUGCAGUACGAACCCUUGUGUAAAUGGUGCUUGUGUCCAUAUCGGCAAUUCAUUCACGUGCAUUUGUAGUCCAGGAUAUACUGGCACAAAUUGUGAGACAGAAAUCGAUGAUUGUAGUCCAAAUCCAUGUCAGAAUGGGGCAGCAUGUAUCGACGGUGUUAAUUCAUACAGCUGCAUGUGCAAUGCAGGUUACAUAGGAAUUAACUGCCAGAUAGAAUUGGGAACGGGUGCCUGCAACCAGAACCCCUGUGUAAAUGGUGCUUGCGUCAAUAUCGGAAAUUCAUACAUGUGUACAUGCAUUCCAGGAUUCACCGGUACCAACUGUGAGACAAACAUUGAUGAGUGCAUCUCAAACCCAUGUCAGAACGGGGCAACAUGUGUUGAUGGUGUUAACGUCUACAGUUGCACGUGUGUCUCGGGAUACACGGGAACUAAUUGUAGUACAGAUAUUGACGAGUGCAGUUCAGAACCAUGUCAAAACGGGGCAACAUGUAUUGAUAAUGUGAAUUCCUACAGCUGCACGUGCAGUCCAGGAUACACGGGGAGUAAUUGUGACACAGACAUUGAUGAGUGCAGUCCAGGCCUAUGUCACAACGGAGCAACAUGUGUUGACGGUGUUAAUUCCUACAGGUGCACGUGCAAUACAGGGUACACGGGAAGUAAUUGUCAGACAGAUAUAGAUGAAUGUAGCCAAAACCCUUGUCAAAACGGGGCAACGUGUAAUGAUCAAAUCAAUUCCUACAUCUGCACGUGCAGUCCUGGAUACACUGGCUUUGCCUGUGAGACAGACAUAGACGAAUGUAUCACAAACCCUUGUUCGAAUGAAGGCACGUGCGAAGAUGGUGUCAACUCGUACAGUUGCUUGUGUAGUCCUGGAUACACCGGUGUUACAUGCGGAACAAAUAUAGAUGAAUGUAGCUCAGACCCUUGUGAAAACGGGGCAACGUGUAAUGAUCAAGUCAAUUCCUACAGCUGCACUUGCAGUCCUGGAUACACUGGUCUUGACUGUGAGACAGACAUAGACGAAUGUAGCACAAACCCUUGUUCGAAUGAAGGCACGUGCGAAGAUGGUGUCAACUCGUACAGUUGCACGUGUAGUCCUGGAUACACCGGUGUUACAUGCGGAACAAAUAUAGAUGAAUGUAGCUCAGACCCUUGUGAAAACGGGGCAACGUGUAAAGAUCAAGUCAAUUCCUACAGCUGCACGUGCAGUCCUGGAUACACUGGCAUUGACUGUGAGACAGAUAUAGAUGAAUGUAGCUCAGACCCUUGUGGAAACGGGGCAACGUGUAAUGAUCAAGUCAAUUCGUACAGUUGCACGUGUAGUCCUGGAUACACUGGAUUUGACUGUGAGACAGAUAUAGAUGAAUGUAGCUCAGACCCUUGUGAAAACGGAGCAACGUGUAAUGAUCAGGUCGAUUCCUACAGCUGCACGUGCAGUCCCGGAUACACUGGCCUUGACUGUGAGACAGCUCAGACCCUUGUGAAAAACGGGGCAACGUGUAAUGAUCAGGUCGAUUCCUACAGCUGCACGUGCAGUCCCGGAUACACUGGCCUUGACUGUGAGACAGACAUAGACGAAUGUAGCACAAACCCUUGUUCGAAUGAAGGCACGUGCGAAGAUGGUGUGAACUUGUACAGUUGCACGUGUAGUCCUGGAUACACCGGUGUUACAUGCGGAACAAAUAUAGAUGAAUGUAGCUCAGACCCUUGUGAAAACGGGGCAACGUGUAAUGAUCAAGUCAAUUCGUACAGUUGCACAUGUAGUCCUGGAUACACUGGAUUUGACUGUGAGACAGAUAUAGAUGAAUGUAGCUCAGACCCUUGUGAAAACGGGGCAACGUGUAAUGAUCAGGUCGAUUCCUACAGCUGCUCGUGCAGUCCCGGAUACACUGGCCUUGACUGUGAGACAGAUAUAGAUGAAUGUAGCUCAGACCCUUGUGAAAACGGGGCAACGUGUAAUGAUCAAGUCAAUUCGUACAGUUGCACGUGUAGUCCUGGAUACACUGGAUUUGACUGUGAGACAGAUAUAGAUGAAUGUAGCUCAGACCCUUGUGAAAACGGAGCAACGUGUAAUGAUCAGGUCGAUUCCUACAGCUGCACGUGCAGUCCCGGAUACACUGGCCUUGACUGUGAGACAGACAUAGACGAAUGUAGCACAAACCCUUGUUCGAAUGAAGGCACGUGCGAAGAUGGUGUGAACUCGUACAGUUGCACGUGUAGUCCUGGAUACACCGGUGUUACAUGCGGAACAAAUAUAGAUGAAUGUAGCUCAGACCCUUGUGAAAACGGGGCAACGUGUAAUGAUCAAGUCAAUUCGUACAGUUGCACGUGUAGUCCUGGAUACACUGGAUUUGACUGUGAGACAGAUAUAGAUGAAUGUAGCUCAGACCCUUGUGAAAACGGGGCAACGUGUAAUGAUCAGUCGAUUCUACAGUUGCACUGCAGUCCCGGAUACACUGGCCUUGACUGUGAGACAGAAAUGCCACUCCCGACUAUGGUCACAACCCUUGUUAUGAACAUCAUUACUACACUUAGCACUUAG